AUGUUGGCAGGUAACUGGGCCAAGCUCGCCUCCUUUGUGGCUCUUCUCCCAAGCCUCGCUGUCGCCUUGCCCAGCUCGCGAGACUUCAACCUCGAUUCUUCCUCCCUCUUCAUUCGAGACUACAUUCAGCCAGAUGUAGACAACUCGAAAGAAUAUCCCUUUUCCCUAAGCCCAAAGCCGGACUCAUCACGCUGGCCAGAAGGUCUCCACUUUGCCGUUGACUACUACCCUUCACAAUGGCCCGAGUUCCUCUGGGAAGAUGAUGCAGCCAAAAUGGCAAACGCUACUCUCUCCUACGCUCGAAUUAGCGAGUUCGACUGGGCAAUCCUCGAACCUACUGAUGGCAACUAUGACUGGUCGCUUCUCGACCGGUCCAUCGAGGCGCUUCACAGCGAGGGUGUCAAGGUCAUCCUCGGAACCCCAACUGCUACCCCUCCCAUCUGGGCCGUCAAGGACUACGAUAUACUCGGCGCUGAUGCUCAGGGUCGUCAACGAAGAUUCGGCUCUCGUCGUCACUACUCGACCUCGUCCCCCGACUUCCGCAAGCUCUCAAAACGCUUCGUCGAAGCUAUGGCUAAACGAUACGGAAGCCACGAGGCUGUCAUUGCAUGGCAGAUUGACAACGAGCUCGGCUGCCACAGCACUGUUCGCACCUACGACCGAAACGCUGGCAAGCGAUACCAGGGUUGGCUCGCUGACAAGUACAACAAUAAUAUCACUCUCUACAACCAGAUGGAGGGCCGCGUUUUCUGGUCGUCAACGUACCAGUCAUUCGACCAGAUCGACUUGCCCAUGCUCGAAGUUACCGAGAGCAGCCCUGCUGGACGACUCGACUUCUACCACUUCUCUUCGGACAUGACCAUUGAGUACGCCAAGGAUCAGGUCAACACCAUCCGCAAAUACUCGGACAAAGCCAUCACCACCAACUUCAUGGGCGCCUUCCUUGACUUUGACCACUUUAAGCUUGCCCGAGAGACCGGCCUCGAUCUUACCACAUGGGAUUCAUACCCUCUUGGAAACGCGGAGCAAUUCCCGUGGAUAUCCGACAUAAACAAAAUUAAAUAUGGUCGCACUGGCACUCCCGACUUCCAGGCUCUUCACCAUGACUUAUAUCGAGGAGUUGCUGGUGCUGCUUACAACAAGACUGCCGGUCCUUUCGGGAUCAUGGAGCAGCAACCUGGGCCAGUCAAUUGGGCACCUUUCAAUCCUAGUCCAAAAAUCGGGAUGGUGAGGCUUUGGCAGCACGAAACGUUUGCGCACGGAGGCAGCAUGUCCAAUAUCUUCCGAUGGCGCCAAGUUGCCUUCGGACAGGAGCAGAUGCACGCCGCUAUGCUUCGUCGCGACAAUGUUCCUGACCACGCUUACCUCGAGCAACAGCAGGUCGUCAACGAAGACUUGCCCAAGAUGGUGAGCCUUUUCAAGUCUGGCAGUGAGAACCAGAAGCGCAAUGUUGCAGACAACGCACCCGUCCAGACCAAGACUGAAGGUCAGGCUGAGGUCGCACUGGUCUUCGACUACGCCGCACAGUGGUUGAUGGAGGCAGAACCACAGUCCGGUACAUGGGACGUUGACAUGGAAGGAUUUUCGGACCCUUCGAUGCAGUACUUGCCUCUUGUCUUCAACUGGUACACUGCGCUUCGCAGGCUUGGUCUCAACAUUGACGUCGUUGGUCCAACUAGCAAGCUCGAGGGUUACAAGAUGGUUGUUGUGCCAUCGAUGCCCGUCAUCAGCAAGGAAUUCGUUGAGACAUGGUCCGACUACAAGGGUCUUACUGUGUUCGGUCCUCGUUCCGCAUCAAAGGUUGCUGCUCUCUCCAUCCCUGACGGUCUGCCACCCAGCAACGGUGCCGUCGGCGAUGUUCUUCCCAUGAUGGUCACUCGUGUCGAGACCAUCAAAGAAGGCUUCGGUGACAUGAUCUCAUACGCUGGUCAGCAAUACAACGUUUCUGGUUGGGUCGAGUGGAUCGAAUGCGAGCGCGACGGAAAGAACUCUUCCGUCUCGAUCGAGCAGUCGGCAACCUACUACGGCUACCGCAACGGCACCCCGGCUACUUGCGGCAACAAGGAGGGCGACAAGGAGACUCACUACGUUUCAGCCUACACUCCUGUCGAGUUCCUCGUCUCGUACCUUGGCGACUUGGCGGGCAAGGCCGAUGUCAAGACGCUCUUGGAUGAGACACCACAGGGAAGCAAGACGGAUUUGGGUGCUGACCUGCGUUACAGGAGGAAUGGUAACGCCCUCUGGGCUUUCAACUACGGUCCGGAUGAGAUCGAGCUUCGUGCUGCUCCUCAGGGUGCCAAGUUGCUGCUCGGUGGUGAGAAGGGCAAGAUCGGUCCUACUGGCGUUGCUGUCUGGAGCCUCGAGUGA